CCGCUUCCGGCGCAAGUGGUUUCGGGUACUCAUGGCGACUCUCAGGUUUCCUCCGUUGCUGCGGAGCGUCCUGACAAGUUCUUGGGGUUCGGAGUGGGUCUGUAUCCGGGUCCGAACCCAGCCCCGGCUCGAUGCCCUGCUCCAGCCGCUUCCCUCGCUUUUCGAAGUGGGAUUGCCACGCCGCGGGUUCGGCUCCGAGGCGGAAUCUGGUAGAUCAGAGAUCAAGAAACCUACAUUUAUGGAUGACGAAGUUCAAAGCAUACUGAUGAAGAUGACAGGCUUGAACUUGCAGAAGGCUUUUAAGCCAGCUAUACAAGAACUGAAGCCACCAACCUAUAAGCUGAUGACCCAGGCACAGUUGGAAGAGGCUACAAGACGGGCAGUUGAGGCAGCUAAAGUACGAUUAAAAAUGCUGCCUGUUCUGGAAGAACGAACACCAAUAAAUGACGUGUUAGCUGAAGAUAAGAUUUUGGAAGGAACAGAAACAGCCAAAUACGUGUUUACUGAUAUAUCAUAUAGUAUACCACACCGGGAGCGUUUUAUUGUCGUUAGAGAACCAAGUGGCACAUUACGCAAAGCCUCUUGGGAAGAACGGGACCGGAUGAUACAAGUUUAUUUCCCAAAAGAAGGUCGUAGAGUUAUGCCACCAGUAAUUUUCAAAGAAGAAAAUCUUAAGACUAUGUACAGCCAGGACCGGCAUGUUGAUGUCCUCAAUCUCUGCAUUGCCCAAUUUGAGCCAGAUUCCUCUGAGUAUAUCAAGGUUCAUCAUCAGACCUAUGAAGAUAUAGAUAAACAUGGAAAGUAUGACCUUUUGCGUUCAACACGACACUUUGGUGGGAUGGCUUGGUAUUUUGUAAAUAAGAAAAAUAUUGAUGGUUUGCUGAUUGACCAAAUUCAGAGAGAUUUAACUGAUGAUGCCACCAGCUUGGUCCAGCUGUAUCACCUAAUUCAUCCAGAUGGCCAGUCAGCUCAAGAGGCCAAAGGUCAGGCUGCUGAGGGAGUAAAUUUAAUUAAGGUCUUUGCAAAAACAGAAGCACAAAAGGGAGCGUAUAUAGAAUUAACACUGCAGACUUAUCAAGAAGCAUUCAUUAACCAUUCUUUAGCAUCCUGAAAAUAUUUUCAAAAUGCCUUUCGUUU